AAUAUCGAUGUGUCGUUAGCAGGAAAAACACAGGCAAGCAAAACAGAGCGCGUGGAAUAUUUACACAGGAUAUUAUAUUUAAUGCAAUUAACAAGCAGAACGAAGAAGAUUCUUUGCUGUUUAGUUUGUAUGACACAAGUAGUUCGUGUAUAUUUUUGUAAACGUUUUUAUUUAUUUGACCGAUGAUUAAGUGUUGUUUUGCAUACACAACUUACGAAAGCUUGAUAUCUUAGACUGAUAUAUACACAAUCAAGUUUGUAAUACGACGCACAUAUUUCGUAAUCGAGUUCAUUUUUUAACAAUAAACUUCAAACAGUGUGGUAUUUAAGAUGUUGUUUUUGUUGCUUAUGGUUACUACGCUUUCGAUCUCCAUGGGACUCCCAACAAAAGCAGCAUGGACAGCAGAUACUAACGUGCAAUGCACGUCAUACGAUGCCCUUUGCGACAUGUCGUUCGGUUUCGGUGAGCCAUCAACUAUGUUGCCAUCGUCUGGGCCGAUGUGCAUAUGUCCUGGUGACGUCACAUGCCCACGUAACUCGUCGGACCAAUCACAAGCGAUGACCCUUGAACUUAUUACCAGCGGUCAGAAGAUUACCCUGCGGUUAAGCUACUGCUCUAAGAAGUCUUAUCCUGACCGGAAGUGCAAACCAGACGAGAUCACAAUGCGCAUGCGCGGUCCCUUAGACUCCCCAAUCCUAUUGACCGUGGCGGACGCCCCAAACUGCACCUGCCCUGAGCCCCUCGUGCUCCACUCAUCCAAGCCGGACGGAGUUUUCAUCGUGCAGGAGUACACUUGCGGGAAGCCUAUGUGCAAUAUCAACCGCAGCGACCCGCCGGUCUGCGAGAGGAUCAGAUCUGACGUCAUUUCCGGGCGUUACGUCACAUCAACGGAAGUGCAGUGCCAGUGUCCGCUGGGAUUCUCGUGUUCCGGUUUCAAAUUGUCGGGACUUCCGGGAAGAAAGUCCUUACCUGAAGAGAUUACGUGCGAAGCGGCCUACUACUAAGUGAUCUUUAAACGGGACUUAUUCACAUAUGUACAAAUGCGAAAAUCAUCAACGUUUUUGACAGUCUGAAAUUUCCAUAGAUUCCAUAUGAAAGCUUUAAUAAAACCUUCUAUCAUGUUAAAGAAAACAUAGGUAAAUAACUUCCAUGGUCUUCAUUGACACAACUUCUUUGCCUGUCCGAGAUGGAAGUGCUUUAGACGUGCGAUGGCGACACUAUUACUUGUUACUAUAUAACUAUGUAAAUGUAUUCAUGAGUAUCUGUCAGCUUUGUUCCUAGUAAUCAAACUCUGCUUUGCAAUCAGAA